AUGUCAAACAUACCCAAUUUUGCAAGACCAACAACUACAAAUCCAUCAAGAAAUGGAACAAUUAAUGAAGUAACAUCACAAUUGUCUCAAUCAUAUAUACUGAAUUCAAAUAAUAACUCACAACUGUUACUGCAGCAGCAUCAACAAUCACCAGCCCUAAAGCGUAAAUCUGCUAGAGACUAUCAGUUUGGAGCGAAAAUUGGUGAAGGAUCAUAUUCAACCGUUUAUUCAGCAAUUGACAAACAACACAACAAAACCUAUGCUAUAAAAGUAUUAUCCAAAAAGCAUAUAGUAAAAGAAAAUAAAAUUAAGUAUGUGAAUAUAGAAAAGACAACACUUCAUAGAUUAGGUCAACAACAUCCAGGUAUUGUUCAAUUAUAUUAUACUUUUCAAGAUGAAUCAAGUUUAUUUUUUGUAUUGGAUUUUGCCGAAUAUGGAGAAUUAUUAUCAAUUAUACGAAAAUUUGGAUCACUAUCUGAACAGGUGUCAAAAUUUUAUAUGUGUCAAAUAUUAGAUGCUGUUAAAUUUAUUCAUCUGAAAGGAGUUAUUCAUAGAGAUUUAAAACCAGAAAAUAUUUUGGUAAGUCAUGAUCUUAGUAUUAAAAUUACAGAUUUUGGAGCAGCUAAAUUAUUGGGAGAAAAUGAUGAAUAUGGUGAAAAAAUUGAUUAUACUUCUUAUGGAAAUAAUGAUGUUGAAGUCAAUGGAUCAAGUAUGAAGGAAAGAUUAGGAUCAUUUGUUGGAACUGCUGAAUAUGUUUCACCAGAAUUAUUAAAAGAAAACAUUUGUGGAUUUGAAGCUGAUAUUUGGGCAAUUGGGUGUAUAUUAUAUCAAUUUUUCAACGGAUCACCUCCAUUUAAGGGCAAUACUGAAUAUCUUACUUUUCAAAAAAUUAUAGAUGUUGAUUAUACAUAUAUAUCACCAAAACCAUUACCCAAUGACGUGAUUGCAUUGAUAGACAAAAUAUUGGUAUCAGAACCUACACAAAGAUUAACUAUUCCUGAAAUGAUGUCCUCAAAUUGGUUCCAUGAUGUUGAUUGGAGAGAUGAACGUUUUAUUUGGAAUAGGAAAGUACCCAAAUUUGAAAGUUUUGACUCCGAUGGUUCAAUACAACAUGCUCCUGUUACUUUCAAAAAUGGAUCGAAUAGAAAUAUGAAUAAAUCUAAUUCGUAUCAACAAUUACAAAAUCAAAUUCAAGGUUCAGAUUUUGGAUUUUUACCUACUGUUUCUGCCAAAAAGUCAUAUAAACCCGCAACAAUAUUAAGAAAAAAUAAUUCACCAACAAAGAUCAAGGAUUCAAAUAUGUUGAAUAAUAAUUUCCAACCUAAUACACUGCCAAUGCAAAGACAAACUAUACAACGCUCGGUACAAAAUUCACAACAACCACCAUCAUUUCAGCAACAACCACAACAAAUGCAACAACAGAUACCACAAUCACCACUCCAGCAACAACAAUUCAACAAUCAAGUCAACAAUAGCAAUAACAAUCAAAUUAACAAAAACAAUAAUAAUAACUAUAACUAUAACAAUUAUAGAGUCGUGGAACCUCAAAGCCAAAUAUCCAUACAACAAAAACAAUCAAUAUACAACAAUCCCUCUGAGCCAACUAAUAUUAGAAACAACACUGCAUUUCAAAAUAUGCAACCAAUAUCAUCUCCAUCUCAACCUCCUGAUAAUGGUCAAUUUCAAAAUGUUCAAUCACAGCCCUCAUCAUCAACGUCUAAACCUCCAUUAGUAACACAAAAAUCACAACAAUAUCAACCAUCUCCAACUUUCUCCAAACCUACCAGAAAAAGUAAAUCACCACAAGGGUCACUACAAGGGUCAAAAGUUGAACAAUCUGAACAACAAUCUGAGUCUGUUGCUUCAAAUGCAGCAGCAGCAGCCGCUUUCGCUAGUCAACGUCAAAAACAAAAAACUUCAUCAGCAUCUGGAUUACCUCAAGCACCCUCCAGAACAGAUUCUUCUUAUUUAAUAAAAACUACUCAACCAAAAUCAAAGCAAAAACAAAGCAUAAUAAAUUUUCGAGAUAUUACUUCAUUACUUAAUCAAAACGAAAAAAUUUUAAAAAUGGAUUUAUUAUAUAAGAUUAAUCUUAAAAAACAAAAUUUAAAUAUACAAUAUGAUAUUUUAGAUGAUUCAAUAUUAGAGCAAAUCAUUUCAAGGAAUAAAGUGGUAUUGGAACAAAAUAAAAAAUUAGUGUUAACGAUUAUUACUAAUAUGGCUAGAUUAUUUUUUGUUGAAGCAUCAUUGGAAGUAAUGUUGGUUGAUUUAAAAGCAAAUAAAGGAGCUGAUUGUUUAAUGUAUGAUUACGAAUUUGAAACCGAUGACGAAGAAGAGGAUAAUUCAAGUGAUAAUUCAUUAGGUUACUUAAUCAUAGAGUUGGUAAAAGAUGGUGGAGAUUUAGUAUUUCUUGAACAAAUUUCAAAUGAUGUAAGAAAAAAAUUACCACAAGUCAUCAAAGUAAAUGAUAAAACAAAUAAAGAAGUAUCAAUUGGAUCAGAUCAUGGAUGGAUUGAUUGUUUAUUAAUUGCUCGUGAUACGUCUUCUUCUGCUACUACUACCCAACAAUCAAAACCUACUACAACACGAUCUAAAUCUCCAUCAACAAAUUCAACUACAACAAAUAAUAGUAAAUCAAGAAGAUUAUCCAAAAGAAAACUGAAUGAUAGUAGAUCAACUAAAUCAUUACUGUCGCCUAAAAUUAAUCAACCAAAUCAUUUUGCAGCUGCAGCAGCUGCCGCCGUUAAUAUUAAUAAAUAG